AUGAAGUUUCCGUCCCUCAUCACGGCCGCCAUUCAGGUUCUAUCCUCAACAGCCCGAUGCACAAAGUACUCCCAACUCCUUGCCGACUCUGUCAUUGCGCGCAACACACCCUUGGGAAAAAGUGGCACCGGCGCGGUGCUAAUGUCCUACGAACACGGCGUCAUGGAGCGCGCGCUGCAAAUGGUGUAUAAUGCAACGGGUAAUGACACGUACUACACCUACCUCAAAACUGGCGUGGACAACCUCAUCUCCCCAACGGGCACACUCCUGGACUACAACCUCACCUAUUACACUCUCGAUGACAUCCGCCUUGGCCCCGAAUUCCUGUACUUAUACCUCCGCACAGGACAAGCCAAAUACAAAACGGCGGCGGAAACCCUCCGCCUCCAAAUACGGUCACAGCCGCGCAACGAGGAGGGAGGGAUGUGGCAUCGGUCGACAUACCGGAAUCAGAUGUGGCUAGAUGGACAGUACAUGACGUUGCCGUUCUAUGCGCAGUGGACACAACUGUUUGACGCGAAGAACGGUAGCGGUUGGGCGGACAUCGUGCUGCAGUUCUCGCUGCUGGAAGCGCACGUGCGGAAUGGCACGACCGGGCUGUUGAAGCAUGGGUAUGAUGAGGGUAAGAGUGCCGCGUGGGCGGAUCCGGUCACGGGAUCUGCACCGUUGGUUUGGGAUCGUGCCCUCGGUUGGUACCUCAUGGCGUUGGUGGACGUUUUGGAUUACCUCCCUCGCCAGUGCGCGGACUUCGAGGUGCUCAGGGGGUACUUUGUGCGCGCUGCGGCUGCGGUAAAAGCCGCGGUGGAUCCCAAGACAGGCGCCUGGUGGCUCGUCAUGUCACAGGAAUACGCAGGUGCCUCUGGGAAUUACAUUGAGAGUUCCGGUAGCGCCAUGUUCGUGUACGCGUUCUUGAAGGGCGUGCGCUUGGGCUACUUGCCCCGAGAAGAAUACCUCCCCGUCGCAAAGAAGGCCUAUGAGUAUCUCGUUGGGAAUUGUGUCGUGGAUAGGGGCAAUGGAGUGUAUGACUGGGAGGGAACAGUGCAGGUGGGCAGCUUGGGGAGCAAUGGGGAUUAUGCCGUGAGAUUUAUCCUGUCCUUUCUGAAAUGGAGGAGCUGAUCCAGUGGUAGUACUAUAUCUCGGUGCCUAAAAGGACGAACGAUUUGAAGGGGAUUGGACCGUUUAUCUAUGCCAGUAUUGAGUUUGAGAUGUUGGACUAUGAGCGAGCUAUGGGGUAGUGAUGGAGUGGGGUAUUUAGGGCUGGUGUGGGGUGUACGAGUAAUUAAAAAGGAGAGAGUAAUUGGCGCGAAUAUUGGCGAAUACAAUCAUUGAGCUCUAAUGUUGUCAGUAUGCCACUACGGAAUGUAUGGAAUAUGCGCGGUAGGCGCAUAUCACGUGGAGCAUCUGAUAUCACUCGGGCCUCUUGUCAUAGCAUGUGGAAUAGGACACUAGAUAAAAUAGACGAGUAAUAUAAGCAACGAGCCAGUCUCUGAAGUCGUGACGGAGCGAGGGAAAUACGCUAUUGUAGGGAAUAUUAGCCCCGGAGGGAGUGGGGGGUAAAGAGGAUGGGUGUAAGAACAAGUUUGUUUGAAUACCAGUAAUCGGAUGGCACCAGUGAAAUCAUGCGCGUUUUGAGUAUCGUACCUGGAUAGGCAUUAGUCGUUCACUGGCCGUCGAUUAGUUUCGGACACCUAGGGAUACAUAAUAGGAGGGCGGCUGGUCUCUGAGGAAUCGGGGAGGGUGAAAAUAUGUGUAUGGGGUCUGGUUUGUAUUUGCGGCGUGAAUCGAAGUACUUCGGUGCAUGUGGUGUCUUGCUUAGUA